AUGAGUGGGCAGCGCGGGCUGGCCCAGCAGGCCGGGGGAUAUAAGCGCCUGCAGCCCCAGCCAGGGCACCCGCUGUUCCUGACCAGUUUCUAGCCCAGGCCUCAGGUCCCGGAGCGCAGCGCCUGUCAGGAUGAAGGUGUUGGUCUUGGCCGUGGUGCUGCUCUGCAUGUGCAGCUUGGAAGGUGCUGUGGUGAAGCGCGACGCAGAAACCCCAGGCUCCAGCCUCCCGGAUGUCUUCACCCAGUACUUCCACACGGUGUCUGAAUACUUGAGCAAGCAGUUGCCGGAGAAGGCGAAGACCGAGGAGCUAAAGACCCAGGCAAAGGCUUAUCUGGAGCAGGCCAAUGAGCAGCUUUCGCCUAUCGCCAAGCAGCUGCACACCGAAUUCGUGGACCUCCUCACCAAGCUGCUGGAGACCGGGAAGAAGGCUGUGCAGUGAGUGAGUGGCCGGCUCCCAAGAGCCCCGGGGCAGCUGCCGAGCAGGGCUGGGCGCUUUCCAUGGCAGCGAGAGGAGGUGACACGUGGGUUAAAGAGCUGGUGAUAUCACCUGACGGGGGGCGGGAAGGGGAUCCCAGGAGCAAUAAAUCUGAUGAGACUA